GUUUUGCAGUUAGUUUGCAUUUACGUUUCGAACAUAAUGUUGGCAUUAUUUAAGAAAACACAAACAUCAGGGAGAAAAAACCACAGUUAAGACUUUAGAAAAACAAAAAACAGGCAAGAUUUAAAAGAGAGGGAAUUUUUUUAAAGUAUUUGCAAAAGAACCCCUUUGAAUUAAAUAACAUUUUAAAUCACCGUCAAUCAGAAAAUCCAGAGCAAAAACAUUUGAAAAUUUCUUUUGGCCCAGCAAAAUUGUGUACUUACGAACAUUUCCGGCACGCGUACAAAUUCUCCAUACAUAUAAUGUCACAAAUUCGCCCACUGGCACCCGAGCUGGCUGCGGUCGCGCGCACCGAACUCAAUGAAGUCGAAACAGAUAUUGCCAGCAAAAUUAUAGAGCUGCGCCGGUGGAUUGAAGAACAGCCAUAUUUGACGGCGCGGACCGAUGAUCAAUUCCUUGUGGGCUUCCUGCGUUUCUGCAAAUACAAUAUGGAUGACGCGAAGAAACGUAUCGACUACUAUUAUACAUACAAAACAACAGCUGGCGAUUUACUUAAAUCUCGACGCAUUGACGAUAAAGUAUUUGGCAUUUGUCGUGCGGGCAUAUUCGCCACACUACCCAAACCAGUGGGUCCAGGCGGUCCGCGCAUACAUUUCACACGUAUGGGUCAAAUUGAUACCUCCCUAUAUACGGCCAAAGAUAUCUUCCGUUUCAUAAUGUUUCGUUCUGAAAUUGAGGCCAACACCGAUGAUAAUUGGAUUAUUAGUGGUGUGCUUGAAAUAAUCGAUUUUUCGAAAAUUCCAUAUGCAUUGUUGCGUCAAUUCGAAGCGAAUUUAUUCAAAAAGAUGGCCGCAUUCUUAGAAUAUGGCGUACCCACCAAUCUGGUGGGCACACACAUCGUAAAUGCUUCCAUGGAUGCCCAAAUCAUAUUGAAUUUGGUGCGUCUGGUUAUGAAACAAAGAGAAUUGCUCCACAUACACUCUACGCUGGAGUCACUGCAGAAGGCCAUUGGCAAGGAGUAUCUGCCCGUCGAAUAUGGUGGUAAUAAUGGCACCUACGAAGAAGCCAUGACAAAUUUCGAACAACAGCUCAACGAUUUUAGCGAUUAUUUCGAUGAGGAUGAAAAGUAUGGCGUCGAUGAGACAUUGCGACAAAUUGAGCCAACAGUUGGUCCGGCUGCUAAUAAGACGCCGCCCACACCAGUCUCGCCGCCAUCGCCUAAAUGUGUGAGUGUACCUGAAGAGUCUUUUCGUAAAUUAAAUAUUGAUUAAAUUAAAGCAAAAGUUAUAAAACGGAAUAAACUAACUAAUACAAGAAAAGAACAUUAUAAAAUUAAAAAAAAAUAAAUAAAAUAAAAUAAAAAGCUAAAGUAUAAAUAUAAAAGAUAAUGUGAAAUAAUCCAGAACCAAAUUAUUACAGCUGCAUGAACAGCAACGAAAAUAACUUUGCAGCAUUUUGCGUUUUUUGUGCGUUAGUUAAAAAGUGCAAAAAAUAAAAACAAAAGUAUAAACUAAAAUUGAACAAACUAAAAAGCAACAGUUCGUAAAUAAUUUACUGCGUAAAUAUUAAAAAACAAAAUGUUUUAAACGAGAAUAUGCAAUUUAUUUAGCGACUUGUUAUAUUUAUAACAAAGUUUUCAUGCACGAAGGCAACAAACAACAUAACGGCACAGCCAACACGAGCGAUAAGUUAACAGUAAAAAUCUGAAAGUAACGGUAUAUAGAGCUAAAAGCAACGGAACAAAUGCAACUAUUGCAAUUAUUUUCUCGAAUGUUGGCGUCGUAAUCACAUAACAGUUGUAUGUAGUAGUAUAUGGUAUAUGUAUAUAUAAAGAAAUAUGUAUACUAUAUAUACCUACAUAAUACAUAGAGAGAAGCUAUAUAUUAUAUACUGCAUAUAUGAAAAUAUAAACUAAUUUUUAAAAGCUUCAUUUAUAUUAAACAAAGUUAUUUUUGGGAAAGAUUUUUCAUGGAUGUAUGUAUAUAUUUAAAAGUGAAGCUAUUUAUGUAUAUGGUGUAUGUUUUUGGAAAUGGUAAAUAACGAGAGAAAUUAAAAAUUUUGAACAAAACGAAACUAUAUUAAUACAAAUGCAGACAACAUACACAUAUUAUAUACACAAAAAAAAAUUGAGAAAAGAAAUGUGAAAGUGUACAUUGUAAAUCACUCAUUUUAGAUAUAUAGUUAUUAUAUACAUAUAUAUAUUGUGGUGUGUUUAUCAUUACCAUUUUAAGUAAAACUAAAAAACUAAUUAACAGUUUAAAUAUUAAUUGUAUGCAAAUACGCGAAUUCCAUUUUUUGUGUGAAAAUUGUCUUAAACCACUAGGCAUUUAAUUGUUAAACGUGUUCGAAAUAUUGCCUAUAUAUAUAAACUUACAAAACCGUUGAGAUUUUUAACUAAGUUAAAUAUUUUUCCCUCUGAACCUUGGGUACAAUUGUGCGUGUUUUUUUUGGUUUUUAUUUGGACCAAAUUGGUUUUGAUUUUCAUUUAUUUCGUAUAAACAAAAUCAUUUAAUGUGCAUAGCAUCCACAUACAUACAUACAUAUAUGUGAUUUUUGAUAUUCUGUGAACGAAAUUAAAGAAAUAAAAAUUUAAUUUAAAUUUUUUUGGUAAGCAAAAAUAUGCAAUUUACGAGUAAACAGAAAAUUAAUAAGUAUUAAAUACUUUAAAAAUUAAAGAAAUAAAAAUUUAAUUUAAUUUAAAAAAAUUUAAUGGGAAAAAUUUAAUUUAAUUUUCUUUUGCAAGCAAAAAUAUGCAAUUUACGAGUAAAAUAGUUUUAAUUUUUUUUUGCAAGCAAAAAUAUGCAAUUUACGAGUAAAAAGAAAAUUAAUAAGUACAAAAUACCUUAACACUUUUGAUGUAUUUAAAAAUGUGUUUUCUUAAAAUUUAUUUGUGGCUUCUUUGCGAUUUUUUGACUGUCAAAUAUCUUCAAUUUUUCCAAAAUAAUUUCUAAGAACGCUUUCGAUGUAUGUAUUUAACAAUUUUUUUGAUUAUAGCAUAAUAUUGAACUUUUGCAAUAUUUAUAAUCGUGGAUUAAAAAACUUUAACCACAAAUAAUUUUUUAAUAUAUGUACUAUAUACAUAUAUUUUUUAUUUCAUAUAUUUGACAUAUUAACAGAUUUAAAAUAUUUACAUUACAAAUAUACUUACAUACAUAACAUGUAUAUUAAUAGUUAAUUUCAUUAAGAGUGGUAUUCGUAAUUGCAAUUUUAGUACGGUUUACGGGCCUGAACCAUAUUCGACCAUAUAUACAUACAUACAUAUGUACAAUUGUAUUUUUUGUACGCCUUAUACUAUGAAUCACACCUUAUCAUUAUUAUAAUAGCUUCUGGAAAUAAUGUAGCUCUUUUGUUUUAAUCUGUGUAUACACGACAUACUAAAAAUACGUACGGUACAUACAUACAUACAUACAAACAUAUAUAUACAAGUAUAUAAUAAAAACAAACGUAUUUUGAGGCCUUUCGAUUAAUUGCCGUUGAAAAUAAUUCGCGUUAAACUUUAGUUCGCUAAUCGCAUUCUCGAACCAAGCAAACACUAACAAGUGAGACACUUAAAAUUUCAAUCGAUAAGCAUGAAUUGCUUUCCUAGGUAACAAAAAAAAAUAUUUGAAUUAUUAUUGUUUAAAUACAUAAAUGACGAGCAGUCUGGCGCGGGGACUACUUUCUUAUCUUUUUUGCUUGUAAGAUUUAACAGUGCUAUAAAAAUAUUAAACUGAGACUUAGAUUAAAUGAAGGUGAAUAUUUUAUGCCAAAA